AUGACGGCAGAGAAACUGUUGAACUCAUCCAAUAAAACUAUAACAUCUUCAUCAUCGACGACAACCACAGCAACAAAAAGUUUAUUAUCAAUAACAACAGCAAAACCGAAAAAGUCUUCUUCAUUGACUAAAAGUAAACAGAAAGCAAUGAAAAAGGCUAUAUUGGGACCAAAGAAACCUAAAGUUCAGCACAAAAGAAGCAAAAAUACUGAUUUGAAAGCUAAAAGUGCCAAACAAUUGAUUGACAAUUCAUCGAAACCCACCAUUAAGUUUGCCAAUGGAUUAAGUGCUCAACAAAGAGAUAAAACAGUGGAGAUAGUGAUGGAUAUAUUGGAGACGACAAACACGAGUCAAGACUCAGCUGAUUGUAUUCGACAAGAAUUGGAGAAAGAGUUAGGCUUAAGAAGUAAUGUCAUACUUUCAUCGACACCUUUCAUGGAACAGUCGUUUAUCAAUAAUCCCGGUUCUGUGGCCAUGCAGUUGGCAGUCAAUGGUCUCAAUAAUAAUGAUGUACUCAUCUCACUGUUUGGACAAAUGGGUAGAAGUAGUGGUAGUAGUAGUAGUAGUAGUAUCGGUAGCAUUAUUAGCAAUGAGUUUACCGAGAGAUCAAACAAUUUGAUGAAAACCGCACAGAAGUUAUCUCCAAAAAUAAUUGACUCAUUAAUGAGUACUGAUAUGAAACAAGAGAUUCAAAAGCUGUCGACAAGAGUUGUGAGGAAUGCAAAGACUAUCCAUGAAUUAAGCGAUCAAUUGAGUGAAGUUAUUAAUGACAAGUUUGGUCCGCAUUGGCAUACAGUGGUCGGACAUAAACAGAUGAUGUCAGUCGACAAUCAUCGCAAGACAUCAGUGUUUUACAUUAAUAUGGACUUUGGAGACCUAAGAGUAUCGGUAUUCAAAUAA